AUGUCGCCAUCACCAUCAUCAGUUGCAGCGGCAUCGUCCUCUAAUACCACCACGAGCAUCUCUUCGGUUGCCAAGGACGUGCCCAGUCUCCAGAAGGACUUCACCGAGUUCUGGGUUGCGGCCACUAGAGUGGUCCGACUGAAGAGGGGACAGAUUGAUAUCGAUAUCGCCAAGAAGGUGUCUCAGCUCAUGAAGGCCAUCCUCUCCGCGGCCCGAGCAUCCCGCCAUCCCCUUCCACAAGCGAGGAAGGACAGACGUCAGGUGUCUCUACGGGUGUAUGGCCUCCUCAUUAAGGGUGCAUGCGUGCUAUUCAGUCGAAAGGCGGACCUCGUCCUGAGGAGAUGCGACAGCGUCAUGGCCAAGUUCCGUGAGGCCCUGCGGUCUACGAAGGGCUUCGUCGAUAGUGAGGGGUCUGAUGGAGAGGAGGAAGGAAGAGCGGCUGCUGCUAGGAAGCGGAAGAAAGGGAAGCAAAGGAAGCGUAAGACAGCAGCUCAACAGGUCGAUGACGCAGUGGAAGAGGGAGACGAGAGGAGGGUCAGGCAGCGGACAGGCAGCGAUCAUCCUACUUCAGUCAUGGACUCGGCAUCGACCAGGUUGGCCGACAGUCCGCCGCCGCCGCCGCCCUCUAUCAAUGGUGAUGCUGAGGAGGAGGAGGAGGAUGGGAGACGGCGUAACGAGGAAGGUCUGAUUGAAAGUGGUGAAAUUGUUGGUAACAGCCAGAUGCCGAUGCUCACAUCAGCUCAGCUGCGAGACCUCUCUAUUUCUAAUGUCAGUGAAGAGCUGUCACCACCAAGUGUACCCGACGACUCGAUGAGUCACCAAUCUCCGGCGCCGUCAGUUCACUCCGACGUGCCUGGAGCAGCAGCGAGCCCUGCUGCUCAGCAGAGUGCCUCAUCGGUAUCGACCGUCGCCCGUCCCCGGGCCAAGAGGAGGGCUGCAAGCUCGGGGCGGAGGCCCAUACGUAGGAAGCUCGAUCGACAAGUGUACAUUGCUGAGACUGACUACGACCAAUGGGCUCACGACGAUGGACCCAUAACGAGAAGCCGGGAAAUGCAGUGGCAGCCAGCUGACUACGUCCGUAACGCCCCACCACUGACGAGGCUGGACUUCCUUGGGCCUGAGUUGGCAAGGAGCAUCCAAGAGGGAGGGCUGCCCUUGACCCUAUUGGGCGAGGGGGGCCAAGAGCAGCAGCAGCAGCAGCUCAUCAGUCCUAACGAGGACAUGGAGGUCGAUGAACUCCGUGAUCAACCCGACGCUGUACAACUCGAGGACGCCUUUCUGGACCCCCCGACCCCAUUGGAGAGUAGUCAUCACUGA